AUGAGACACGACUGGAAAGUUCGUGAGGAAAUGGGGAAAAACAAAACAUCGUUGCGAGCCUGUUUGGGUCUUUUGGUGUCAUCUCUCGGGACUUUGGUGAGCGCUCCUUGUGUUAUAUCGCCCCCCGUGGCCGACUUGGUUUCGCCUGAUUUCUUCCACUCUUCCCAACGCAGUCUCGCUGUCGCCACACCCCCCUCAAAGCUGCUCCUGGCCCGCACGUCUUCGCAGCUCCGCCCCCUCGCUGGGACGGCCCAUCGCCACGCCACUGCCAAUCGUUCCUCUCCGGGGCUCGGCCGACCUUUUUUGGAAGGCGCGCGGGUCUUCGGCGCCCUGGGUCCCAUCGGGCCGUCUUCUCCGGGGCUGACCCUCGGGGGGCUGGCGGUGAAUGAGCACCGGCUCAGCAACAAGCUGCUGGCCUGGAGCGGGGUUCUGGAGUGGCAGGAGAAGCGCAGGCCCUACUCGGACUCCACCGCCAAGCUCAAGCGGAUGCUGCCGUGCCAGGCCUACGUGAACCGGGGCGAGAACCUGGAGACGGACCAGUGGCCACAGAAGCUGAUCAUGCAGCUGAUUCCACAGCAGCUGCUGACCACCCUGGGCCCCCUGUUCCGCAACUCCCAGCUGGCCCAGUUCCACUUCACCAACAGAGACUGCGACUCGCUCAAGGGCCUCUGCCGCGUGAUGGGCAACGGCUUCGCGGGCUGCAUGCUCUUCCCUCACAUCUCCCCAUGCGAGGUGCGCGUGCUCAUGCUGCUGUACUCAUCCAAGAAGAAGAUCUUCAUGGGCCUCAUCCCCUAUGACCAGAGCGGCUUCGUCAAUGCCAUCCGCCAGGUCAUCACCACCCGCAAGCAGGCCGUGGGUCCCGGUGGCAUGCACUCAGGGCCUGUGCAGAUCGUCAACAACAAGUUCCUGGCGUGGAGUGGCGUGAUGGAGUGGCAGGAGCCCAGGCCUGAGCCCAACAGCCGGUCCAAGAGGUGGCUGCCGUCCCACGUCUACGUGAACCAGGGGGAGAUCCUGCGGACAGAGCAGUGGCCGCGGAAGCUGUGCAUGCAGCUCAUCCCGCAGCAGCUGCUGACCACGCUCGUGCCGCUGUUCCGCAACUCGCGCCUGGUGCAGUUCCACUUCACCAAGGACCUGGAGACGCUCAAGAGCCUCUGCCGGAUCAUGGACAACGGCUUCGCUGGCUGCGUGCACUUCUCCUACAAGGCUUCUUGCGAGAUCCGAGUGCUCAUGCUGCUCUACUCCUCCGAAAAGAAGAUCUUCAUCGGCCUCAUCCCUCAUGACCAGAGCAACUUCGUCAACGGCAUCCGCCGCGUCAUCGCCAACCAGCAGCAGGUGCUGCAGCGGAACCUGGAGCAGGAGCAGCAGCAGCGUGGGAUGGGGGGGUAGUGGCGCCCUGGCCGGGCCUUCAGGAGUCCCAGACGAGACCCCGCGGAGACUGGUUCCAUGUUUCUAAGCAGAGGCCCCGGGACUGCGCCUGCCCAGCACCGUGACGACAGCGCCCUGCAGUCACGGAGGACGGUCCCGGCCCCUGUGCUGUUCCCCAAUAAAGUCUUUUAACCCCUA